UCUUCUCUGCAACUGUUCUCCAGCUCAAUCAUAAAUCGCAUUACACAAUUCACCAUGGCUUCCCGUAUCACUAAGUUCUCCAAGACCAUCGUCCCCAUGAUGGAUCGUGUUCUUGUCCAGCGCAUUAAGCCUCAGCAGAAAACCGCUUCCGGUAUCUACAUUCCCGAGAAGGCACAGGAGGCCUUGAACGAGGGUCAUGUCAUUGCUGUUGGCAAGGGACUGGUCACCCAAGACGGCAAGCUUAUUCCUUCGGAGCUCAAGGAGGGCGACAAGGUCCUUUUGCCUCCUUAUGGCGGCAGCGCCGUCAAGGUCGAUAACGAGGAGCUCAUUCUUUUCCGCGAGUCUGAGAUCCUUGCCAAGAUCCAAUAAAUACUUUACUUGUCCGUUCUUUGCGCAUAUCAAAUAAACUAUCGUUCCUUAGCACU